UGGACAUAACCAGAUACCUGGAACCGUGUCGAAAAAACAAGGUGGGAGCGAAAUAGAAUCAUUUGGUUUAUACAAGCUCUUAAGUUGGCAUAUCUGAUAAGCCAAUAGAAAAUCACAUUUAAUCAGUGCUAGGAAUCACUCAACGUAAAAGAAGCUACUUAAUUUUCGAGCCAUAUCAUAAUACAACAAAUACAAUUUGAGUUGGCAUAUUUGACUAUGACGCUACGUCACUGGAAUUGGAUAGCCUGAGGAUUUGCGUCUUCUCGUGAUAUCCGCGCUAAAUGUCAGCCUAUAGCAGUUUACUCCCAGGCCAUGCCUAUCGUAAACUCCCCGGUGAAGAGAGGGUUGAUCAUUGCUCGGCUUCUCAUGUAACUUAUGGUGGUCUAAAUCUGCAUGGUGUGAUAGAGCUAACAAACUUUCAAGUAGUAUUUAUUGCUUUACCCAACGAAGCUAGUUCUGCUCGUGCACCAAAAUCAUUUCACGGUUCAGAUAAAAAGAGAUACAUCUUAAAGCUGCCAUUGGGAACAAUUCGAAACAUUGACCAGAAAUCCAACCAGGGAAAUAUUUCACUUCAUAUUGUUUGUAAAGAUAUCCGAGAACUAGUGUUCGCCUUCCCGGACUGUGGGCGAAGUCUUGGGUUCUGUGAAAAUCUUAAAGCAAACGCGUUUCCUGCUAUUUCCAAAAAAACACUGUUUGCUUAUUUAUAUGGUGCAAAGUGCAUCGCAAAUAGUGUUUUUGCAAUAGAUGGUUGGGAUGUGUAUAAUCCAGAAGAGGAAUAUCACCGCCAGAACAUUUUUACUAACGGCUGGAGGAUUACAAAAAUUAACAUGGAUUAUAGGUUGUGUGAUACUUACCCAGCUAUUUUAGCUGUUCCAUGGGAAGUAACUGAUGAACUUCUAGUCGCAUGUGCACCCCAUCGCAGCCGCGGUCGGAUACCUGUUUUAAGUUGGUUGCAUCCUGAAAGCAAAGCAAGUCUAACCAGAGCAAGUCAACCUCUUGUUGGUGUCCAGGGCCGCCGCAGCUCCGACGAUAAAGAACUUGUUCGUCAGCUCAGGAUAGCCAAUGCUAAUGCAAAUAACCUUUUGAUAUUUGAUGCUCGUCCACAGGUUAACGCAAUAGCUAAUAUGGGCGUUGGCGGAGGUGUUGAAAGUCCAGCUUAUUAUGAAAACGUUCAAUAUAUGUUCUUAAAUAUACAAAAUAUACACGCGAUGCGAGCUGCAUUGACAAAAGUUUUCGAGGCCUGUUUUCCAUUACCAGACGAUACACGAUGGUUUAAGCAACUGGCUGACUCUAAAUGGCUUUAUCAUAUUAAACAAAUUAUUUUCGCCGCAACCAGUGUAGCCGAUAAAAUUGAAAAUCAUAAGACAUCUGUGUUAAUACAUUGCUCAGACGGUUGGGACCGGACAACUCAAGUUACAUCUUUAGCAAUGUUGAUGCUAGAUCCGUACUACCGUACAAUACGCGGAUUUGAAGUAUUAGUCGAGAAAGAGUGGUGUUCUUUUGGCCACAAAUUCGCACAGCGCACAGGUGGACCUACCGAUGGUGGGAUUUAUUUGCCUCCCAACUCAUCAAGUUCUGUUGUUAAUGAAACUGGUGGAGGACGGCCAUCAAGUCCUGAGGAGCGUUCCCCAGUAUUUUUACAGUUCAUUGAUUGUGUGUGGCAGACGAUGCAGCAAUUUCCCCAUUCAUUUGAAUUCAACGAACGAUUUCUCAUAACAAUAAUGGAUGAGUUAUAUUCUGCGCGAUUCGGAACAUUUCUUUUCAAUUCAGAAAUGCAAGGACGCGACCAUGGUGUACGUGAAAGGACUAUCUCAUUGUGGGCAUAUAUCAAUGCAGAUAUCCAGUUGUAUCAAAACCCACUUUAUACUCCUGCUGAGAUCAGUGGUCAUCGUGUGAUUUUUCCUCAGCAUGCAUUAGCUCAGCUUCAAUUUUGGACAGCUUACUACAUAAGAUGGCAUCCACUCAUGCGUUUACAAGAGCCCAUAGCACGUCGAGAGAGAGCCUUAAUAUUGAUAAUGAAACGAUUCAGGGAACUUACGGCUGCCACGCAACGUGAAUGUGCUAAACCAACUCUCAAUAAUGUAUCUGAUAACUCAACACACAGUAGGUCCCGUUCAAAUAGUUCAAAGAUCUAAAAAUGUAACCUUCAGCAAAUAGCUGAUAUACAAUUUCUUAAUUCGCCAACUCCUAAGACGCAAACAACCGAAAUGUGAUAUUAUCUUUAAUCUCUUUUUACAUAAUCUAAAAUUGAUUUUAAUUCUUAAUACAAAACUGCUACUAGAGUAA